AAUUUAGGGUUGUUAAAGGCCUUUAUACCAAUACACGUACAAUUUUCAAAAUUGAAAGUCAGUAAUAUGAAUAACAGUACAUCAUCGGAAAAUAGUGAGACGCCAAGCGUUGAAGAGCAACAAGCAAUUUUAGCCACAGCCAGACGAGCUUCAGCUUUAAGCAGAGCAAAAAGCAGCUGGAAACGCAUGAAGGAACUAGCAGCAGAGAAAGAAAAGGAAAAUGAGAGCAAACGUCCACCCUGGCGUGCUGUUAGUGUUUCGACUCUGCCCAAGCCAGACAAGAAUGCUUUGCUGCGUGCCAAACUUUUGGACGCAUCCAGACGCUUGAGAGCGGGGAAGAGUAAUGUAGCUAUUCAAACGGAUUUUGUGCCUACAAAAUUGAUGAAAGAGGCAAGCAUAGGUGCGCAAAUUGAUUUGAUUUUAUUUAAGGAUGUAGGCAUAUUAACGGAUGGACAAUACUCGAAGAGGAAAGAUGGUGUACAACAAUAUGUUUUGAAUUAUUCUGUAUCGCAAAUGACCGAUGUGGUUGACACAGCUCAUGCUUGCACUCAAACACUUUUACCUAAAGUCUACGCAGAUAAUCUCAUAAGAUCUUACCUAGCUAAUGACAAUGAUGCUAAAUACGAUAUGGAAUCUAAUGUGAGAGAUCAAGCCAAUAGGCUGCGUUUGCUUAGUAGCAAUGAAGAAUCGCUCGAGCUGAAGCCGGCUUUAAACUUGAAGCCUACAUUAGCUUCGUGGAAUUUCGACGAUGAUGUUAUUGAAAUGGAUGAAAAACAAAAUUUCAUCCCAUACAUUAUUGAGUCCUUUAAGCCAUGGAAGAGUUUUACGCCAUUUCCAUUUAGAUUACAAGGCAACAAGCUAAUAGGUAGACAGCAGAUCGAUUGGUACGCCCUACUGCAGUCAAUUGAUGAUUUAAUACAAGAGUCGAACAACUUGGUGGAUAAGCUGGAGCGUGUAACGGCUCAAAAUAAGCUAUAUCACAACCGUGUGUUGAGCAAUUUGAAUGAAAUAAGAGCAUUUGAACCAACUAAGCUGGCACUUCCCUCAGAACACUGGCUGCCCAUUAUUGAGGAACAGGAAAAACAGUUGCAGCAAUUACUGGAUGGAAAAUAACGCGUAAAUAUGAUAAACUUGAAUAUUAUAACUGUUAUU